AUGUUUAACGAAAUAGACGGAGACUAUGACGAUGUGGCCAUUAGUACUUUCAAGGCUGGCCUCCCAACCGAGCAUGACCUGAGGAAAUCUCUGACUGAUAAGCCUAUUACCAGUGUGCGCCAACUUAUGGAUCGGAUUGACAAGUACAAAAAGGUUCUGGAGAAGAUUAAAAACGAGCCGUUCUUUAAAUGGCCGAACAAGAUGGUAGGAGAUCCUGUGAGGCACAACCAAAACCUUUACUGCCAAUAUCAUCAGGAUCAUGGACACACCACCGAGGAUUGCAAAAACUUGUGGGACCAUCUAAACCAACUAGUCCGGGAAGGGAAGUUGAAGCAACUCUUGCAUCAUUCCAAUGGUUGGGGAAGCCAAACGGGUUCGGAGCUUCGGGGAGAUGCUUCUUCAAGACUUCCUCUUGGCACAAUAAAUGUCAUUUUUGCUGUCCCGGGGAGGACCGGAUCUUGUCCUUCCAGAGUAAUAUCAGUAUCUCGUUACCUAGCUGAGGAAUCCAGCUUAAUGCCUAAGAGAGUCAAGAUGGGCAUCCUACUGGUAUUAGGUUUUUCAGACGAUGACAAACUUGGAAUCAUACAGUCCCAUGAUGAUGCUUUAGUGGUUACACUUAGAAUUGGUGGGUACGAUGUGAAAAGGGUGAUGAUUGACCAAGGCAGCGGAGUUGAAAUAAUAUACCCUGACUUAUAUAAGGGGCUAAAUUUGAAACCUGAAAACUUAACAGCUUACAGUUCUCCAUUGGUGAGUUUUGAAGGUAAAAUGGUCUUUCUGAAAGGUCAGAUCAGAUUACCUGUGCAGACCGACCCGGAUGUGGUGGAGGUGGACUUCAUUGUUGUAAAUGUUUUCUCUCCAUACACGGCCAUUAUGGGCAGACCCUGGCUUCAUACCUUGGAGGCCAUCUCCUUUACUCUUCACCAGAAGAUAAAGUACCCAUCUAGAGGCUAG